GCGUGUUAUCUGACACUUAAGCUGAACAAUUUUAUAAUAUUAUUAUUUACGUUUUGUUGAUAUUAUAGUAAUUUAUUACACGUUGCUCGUAUCGACAUUGCUCGAUCAACUACUGGCGAAUCGUUUCAGUACUGAUGACGCGGAUCACACCAAAGUGUUUCUAUAAUAACGCAGUGACCAUUUGAAAACUAUUGUUAUUUCAAUUAUUAUUCGAACACAAUUUUACUAUACUAAGGGCUUGAAAUUAUGAUCUAUCGACAAUCGUAGAAUUUUGACCUGCAAAGCAUCAUACGAAGUUAUUCGCAGUCGGUCGACACGUUCUACAUAUCUUCCUAGUUUACUUGUAAACGCGUAACAUUUACGUUUGUUUGAAUAUUAUAGUAUUAUAGUCGAGAUAUAAUAAUUGAUUUAAGAUAAUAAUAUUUUACUGAAAACAUGUCGAAAACCAUAGCGGUGAUGACAUUAAUUGUGUACACUGUACUGUAUAGUCAAAAAAACGCUUUCUACGCGGAUGCCGCUCCAUCAAUCACACGCGACGAUUUGACUGCUGUGUUGCCCCGUUCGCUGGCCGAACUGGUGGACUCGGACGCGUUCGAACAGAUCUGGCGGAAGGCAGCCACCGAAGAGAUGGUCAAGCGGUUCGGCGACGGCGCGGGACGUGACGACGACGGCGGCAGCGCGAUUACACGCAACAUGGUCGGCGACUACAUGAUGUCGGACGAGUUCCACAAGGCCGUGUGCAAGGCCGGCGGAUCGGGCAUGUCGGCCAUGGGCGGCGCGAUGGGCAACGCACCGCCGCCGUGGUCGUACAUGGGCACGUUCAUCGGUUCCGACAAGUUCCAGCACGGUUCGUGCGACAUGAUGUCGCAGGGCAUGCUACAGUUUGGCGACGGCAUGAACGGAUGGUUCCGGUCGGACGGCGCCGACGCCGACGCCGCCACGGUGACCCGAGACCCGUUUCGGGCGGUCGACGUGUUCUUCCGGUCCGAGUACUACGGCGACGCCCGGAAAAAGCUGCGCGACAUGUUCGCGGACGUCCGGUUCUGAUCGGUUCGAAUUUUCCACGGCGGAUCUACAACAACACCGCUAUUGUUAUAAUAUUAUAUUUUUCACGAUAUUAUUACAAUAAUGUCACGUCUUAAUAUUAUUAUGUUAUUGUCAAUGUUAUCGUCGCCGUCGUCAUUAUAUUGUCACCGCCACCAAGACAUGACACGUUUCGACAAUAAUAAUCAUUAUUACUAAAUUUAAAUGCACUAUUUAAUAUUAUGCACAACUAUAUUAUUUUUAUUUGGUUGACAGAGAAAGUCGUGAUAAUAUGAUAUGAAUCGUUUUUAAGGUCAUUAUAUUACAUAUGCACACAAAUACCCAUAGUCCAUAUACUAUACUUGGGCCCGAAUGUUAUAAACAGGGCUCGGGACUUAAAGCAUUUGCUUAUUUGUAUAGAUUGACUUAAAAUGUAGCAAAGUGCUAUGGAAGUGUAUAUCUUAUUACAACACGUUCAGCUAUGAAAUUUUAAAGUGCUUUUUAUAACGAUUUUUCAAAAAAAAUGCCCAUUUCCAGUUUUUCUGGUUAUUUUUGAUUUUUUGACCAGUUUUUCUACUUUUUUUAUGGUUUUCUCUAGCAAAGUUGUUUUUGAUAGAAUAAAAAUUUAAUUCAAUGCAAUAAUGAAGAUAAGAUUUUAAUUAUUUAUUUAUUUUAUUUCAACAAUUUAUAAAUAUCGUUUACAUUUUAAUUUUCAGAAAAUCCAUCGGAAAAUCCAUAAACAAUAAUGCAAAAUGUCUCGAAAGCGAACUUUGGUUUUUUUUAGAAUAUAAAGAGUUAUUUAUCUUUUAGUCAGAAACAUUUCCUUAUUAUUGUUUUUAGCACAGUUAUUCAAAUUAUGUCUAGUACCUACUUUAUCAUGUAAGAAGAAAGUUUUAUUUUUUGACUAAAUAUUUUUGCUUAAAUUUAAGUUUUUUAAAUGCUUAUUUGUGUGCUUAUAAUGAUGUUUUUAAGCGCUUGUCUUAAUGAUUUUAAGUGCUAUAAGUCCCAAAUCCUGGUUAUAAAUUUAAAUUUAUUUUCAUAAUAUUAUAUUAUUAAUGAUGCUUACUGUACCCACCUGUUGGUCGUGUCCCUUCGAUCACGUGAACACGCAUAGAGCGUUUAAGUCUCCGUCUUUUUUUUUUGUAUGAAACAAAAUAUUACAUUCACAACACUCCCAACCUAUAAAAUAUACAAUAAUAAAUUAUACUAAAAUCUUCCACAAAAAACGUAAUCAUAUUAUGUUGCAUCGAUGGCUGAGCAGUGAGCACACGCAUUUUAUAAUUUAUAUUUAAUAAGUCACAAAUAUAUUAAAUUAUUCAGGAGUUUGUUGUUUUUGGAUAGAAAUUUUAAGUUAUAAGAAAAUUAAAAAUGCAUGCAGCCCAUGCCUCAACGUUUUAAAUACUUUUAUGAGAAUCAUAUUAUAAGAAACCUAAUACGUAUUUCUAUAAACGUAUAGUAAAAUAUUCGAUUUGAUGUUGACUCCCGUGUACCUAUAUGUGUUUAAUAAUUAUUGUAAGUGAUGUACCUAUAUGAAUUUAUUUAAAUCAACUAAAUGAAUAAAAUAUUUACCCUA